AUGGCUCCCAAGAGCGCGAAACCUACCAGCGACGAGCUUCUGGCUCAGUUCGACAACCUCGACGUCGAAGAGUCCUCCAAAGACUCCCAGUCUACCCCGGCUGCCCCCGAAGCCAAGGCCGAGCAUGAGGACAUCCUAGCUGAGAUGGAAAACCUAACUGCACAGCGUCCCAGCAGCGGCGCUGGCACUCCCCGUCUCUCAGCAGAUAGAUCACGAUCAUCUGCGCGGUCACCACGGCCCAGUGCAACCAGUGAACGACACGAAGAGAAAACAAGUACCCGCCCUUCGGAAGAUGCAGGUCGAUCGUCUCGCGCAGCCAAACAAGAACAACCAAAGCAAGAAGCAGAGACCGCUACCCAAGGGGUGGAUGCCACAGCGACCGCUGGUGCUGCUUUGAAACAGGCUGAGGCUGCAGUCAAGGAGAUCCAGAACAAUGAAGAAGCCCAACGCUGGGCUGAGCAGGUCAAGAGCAAUGUAGGAGCUCUACAGGCAUACGGUGGUGAGCUUCGCAACAUCGCGAUGCCUACAUUCACGAACAUCUUGCACACCCUUGCACCCCCUAUCUCAUCUCACGAACGCCUCCAAAUCCACGUCACUCACGAUCUGUCCGGAUACCCCGGCGUCGACCCACUCGUAUACGCUGUGUUUUCGCGAGUCAUGGCCCAAGUGGAAGGCGGCGACCUGCUCGUGAUCCAACGCGGCCAGGAAUCAGCACCCAAGCGCGGCCUCGAUAUAGGCGGUUACAUCUCCACUGCAGGAUGGAAUGAUGGGCCCUGGUGGCGCACCGUGACCCCCGGCCAGCCGCGCAGUGUGAACGCCGUGCCCGGCGCGGUUGAAGCAUCCAAGCUCGCGCGAGCUAGCGCCGAGUCCUACGCUACAGAAUACUUUGCGUCGCGCGGUGGUAUCGAGGCGGCUGCUAAGCAGGCUACAGAGGUGUUGAGCGAGUCGAAUCCUGUUCGCAGCAGCGACAUCUUCCUCGCUAUCCAGGCGAUUAGCCAGACCGUCUCAAAGGAUCUGUUCCAGGCUGGUGCUUCGAGUGAGAAGGAGCCUGCAUCGAAAGUUGAGUCUGAGGAGGCAGAGGAGGAGAUCUCUUUCGCUAUCUACCUACAUGACCCUGUGCACGGCAUUGCGUUCAACACUAUUUCGCAGAGCGUGCCGCAGAAGUGGAUUGAGUGGCUUGAUGCUUCUGCCCCAGUUGUUGAUCCCGAGUCUGAAGAUGCGCAGGCUCCCCGGGCGGUGACGCCUGAAGCCAUUGUUGAGAUUGUGGAGAGCGGCGGUGUCGACCCCCGUGAGUGGGUUGCAGAGUGGAUCGAGGAGACGCUCUCCUUGGCCUCUGGCAUCGUUGCGCAGCGGUACGUGGCUCGCCGUAUGGGCGUUGGCGAGAGUGGACUCGGUAAGGGCAAGAUGCGUGCUGAGCAGGCCAACACCAUCGAGAGCGGAGCUGGCGAAGCUGCCCGUGCUCUCUAG